CAUUCAGCUAUUGGGUUGCCACGCCUUAACUUACUCCAAUUCAUAAUGUCCUCUCCACCCCCUCGCACUCAUAUCCUCCCUGUCUAAUGUAACGCUGUAUCCUGUGUAUAGUGUGUGUAUGGUAUAUUCUGCAUCCGCUUCCAAAAUUCGCAAGGGAAUUUUCCAUUAUUCGUCAAAUUCGACUACAAUACGACUGUACAAAAGUACAAAGCUUUCAGUAGCUACUAUAGUGCGAUUAUAUUUCUGAGAAACGCUACGUAUCGAGCAAAACUUUCGUACGUGAACAAUAUGCUGAUCGAAGCGGAAUAUCUUUAACUGAAGUAACCUUUUUUUCGUGGACAUAUAUUCUUUGUAUCGUAUUCUGUCAUUUUUAACGCGACGUCCAUUAGUCUUGAAAUUGAGCCGAAUUGCUCGGAAUUUUGUAAAGAGAAACACAGGGUGAAUUUGUUAGAUACAUUCGGCAUGUCGAGCGAGAGCGUAAAAACAUUUGCAAGUCUUGAGACACCUGGAUAUGUGGGGUUUGCAAAUUUACCUAAUCAAGUCCAUCGGAAAUCUGUGAAAAAAGGUUUUGAGUUUACACUUAUGGUUGUUGGAGAAUCUGGUCUUGGAAAAUCCACUUUGGUAAAUAGUUUGUUCCUUACGGAUUUGUAUCCUGAACGAAUAAUUCCUGAUGCAGUGGAGAAAACCAAUCAAACUGUCAAACUUGAUGCUUCAACAGUCGAGAUUGAAGAAAGAGGUGUUAAACUUAGAUUAACAGUUGUUGAUACACCUGGUUAUGGAGAUGCAAUCGACAACACAGAUAGUUUUAGAGCUAUCAUUCAAUACAUAGAUGAUCAAUUUGAAAGAUUUCUUCGUGACGAAAGUGGCUUAAACAGAAGGAACAUUGUAGAUAACAGAAUACAUUGUUGUUUUUAUUUUAUUUCCCCAUUUGGCCAUGGAUUGAAGCCAUUAGACAUUGAAUUUAUGAAGCAACUUCAUAACAAAGUUAAUAUAGUACCUGUAAUAGCAAAAGCUGAUGUACUUACCAAAAAGGAAGUCCUGCGUCUGAAAAAAAGAGUUAUGGAAGAGAUUGAAGGCAGUGGAAUCAAAAUAUAUCCUUUACCAGACUGUGAUAGUGAUGAGGAUGAGGAUUACAAAGAACAAGUACGUCAAUUAAAAGAGGCUGUUCCAUUUGCAGUAUGUGGUGCAAAUAGUUUAAUUGAGGUCAAAGGAAAAAGAGUACGAGGUCGAGUGUAUUCGUGGGGUGUUGUUGAAGUGGAAAAUCCCGAUCAUUGCGAUUUCAUCAAAUUAAGGACGAUGCUUAUUACACAUAUGCAAGAUUUACAGGAAGUAACGCAAGAGGUACAUUAUGAAAAUUACCGUAGCGAAAGAUUGGCAAAGGGAGCUCCAGUACCGCCUCGACGUCAAACCCUUGCUGAAUCCGACAAGAACAGCACGGUGUCAGAAAAGGAUCGCAUUUUGCAAGAAAAGGAAGCAGAAAUACGACAUAUGCAGGAAUUGCUGGCUGUGAUGCAAGCACAGAUGCAACAACAACAACCUUGAUCAAACAUGCAUUUCUAUACUGAUAUGUGAAGAAAGUGACUUUUCACUGUUACGAGUGCCAAAAAGAUUUAUAAAACUUUUUUAGUAACUUACAUGAUCAAGGUAUUGAUUUGGUAUUAUUUUUCUAGAUUUAUCUUCAUAAGAAUAAUCUCAUUUUGAUAUACACAUUACGCGUUUUAUAGACAUUUCAUAAGAAUAUAAAAAAUAAUGGAAUCUCUCUUUGAUAUAACUUUUCCAGAAUUGUGUGCAUUGUAUGAAAGAAAGAAUUCUUGAUAUUUAUUAGCUAUCAAUGUCCUGUUCAGAACAAAUAACAAAAUCGAUUUGAAAUUGUAACAGUAUGAAACGAAUGUUUGCAUAUAUAAGGUUGGCAGGAAAAACACUUUAAUAGCUUAUUCUUAUCAAUCUGUCUUAACAAAAUUUAUUUGGAUACUUGAAGAAUUGCACUAUUUAUAAAAUCUUAAAAACUGGGAAUCUAUUUGUAAAAUUUGGGUCUGCACAGUUUAUUAAUUUCUUAUAUGACUUUUGUUUUAUUCUUUUUUAAUUGAUGGCACUGUUCAAAAUUUUAUUCAUAUCAUAAAUUUAUGCUUAUGUGUAAUAAGGAGAUUUAAAAAAGAUUUUAUUAAAAGGAAACAUAAAACAAGACCAAUGAUCAAGAUUGCAAAAUUAAGAUUAUGAAUGCAAGUGUCUAGUAUAUAAAAUAUGACUAAGAGUUUUAAUAACUUUAUUUACAAUAUUUUCAGAUGUGGGAAGGAGAGCAUUUUUCUAUACUUUAACUAUAUAUCUUUUAUUGAAAGAAAAAAAAUAUCAAACAUUCUAUAUAUGUAUAUAUAACAUAGUAAGAAUUUUAUCUCAGGUAAAAAAUAAUUAUGUAAUGAAACGAAAAAAAAACAGAAUGUGAAAAGUGCCUUGCAAUUUUUGUCACUAUCAUGGUUUUAAUAUUAACAUAUAAACACAUACAUAAGGAAUGAAAAUUUUUUUAUAUUGCAUAAAUAUGUAAUUUAUUUGUUGGAAACCAUGAAUGAUUUGUUAUAGAUACUUGCAGAAUAAGAAAAAAAAAAUCAUUAUUUCCAUAAUUGAGCAAUAUAUUCAUAAUAAAUAUUUUAUGAUAAGACAUAUACCGUGCUAAUAUUAAAUAAGGAAUCUCCAUAUUGAUGUAAAAACUUAUUAACAUUGAUCUAAGUUUUAAAAGGUUGACACAGCUCUCAAAAACAGUUCUGUCAAAUCAUAGAAAUAUGUUGAAAUAUUUCACCUUUUUAUUUCAAGUGAGGCAAUCUUGUACUGUUUAAUUAUUAAGAUUAACUGAUCUAGAAACAAAGAAGUAUAAAUGUGCAAAACCACUUUGAGAAGAAUCCAAAGUUAAUUUUAAAUAUAUUUAUAUACUUAAUCUAUAUAUAUUUUGUUUCUUGGUUGAAUAUUUUUAACUUUUUUUUUUUAAGUUCUUGUACGAAUCACAUAAAACAUAUGUGAAUAAUAAAGAGAAAGAAGAUAGAUGUAUUUCUAGAUAUCCAUAUUAUCAGUAUGUCGAUAGAAGUAAAAAACAUAAUGUUUAAGAUGAAUGUGACUUAAGGUUUUGUAAUCUUCUAUGUGUAUUGCAUAUAAGUGUUAUGCAAAUUGUUUCAUACAAUAUAAACAACGAAACAUGUGAAA